CAGGCCCCUCCCCCGUCGCCCGCGCGCCAGGCCCGGGCGGCGCCUACGCGCUUGGCGGGAGAUAGAAAAGUGCUUCAACUCGCGCCGGCAGCGGCUGCAGUUCCUGCGAGCGGGGAGCGCGGGACCUGCUGACACGCUGACGCCUCCUAGCGCGGCCCGGGGCCCGGAGCGACCGGAGCAGCCCGGGUCCUGACCCCGGCCCGGCUCCCGCUCCGGGCUCAGCCGGCAGGCGGGCGAGCGCGGCGCGGUCCGGGCCGGGGGGAUGUCUCGGCGGACGCGCUGCGAGGAUCUGGAUGAGCUGCACUACCAGGACACAGAUUCAGAUGUGCCGGAGCAGAGGGAUAGCAAGUGCAAGGUCAAAUGGACCCAUGAGGAGGACGAGCAGCUGAGGGCCCUGGUGAGGCAGUUUGGACAGCAGGACUGGAAGUUCCUGGCCAGCCACUUCCCUAACCGCACUGACCAGCAAUGCCAGUACAGGUGGCUGAGAGUUUUGAACCCAGACCUUGUUAAGGGGCCAUGGACCAAAGAGGAAGACCAGAAGGUCAUCGAGCUGGUUAAGAAGUACGGCACAAAGCAGUGGACACUGAUCGCCAAGCACCUGAAGGGCCGGCUGGGGAAGCAGUGCCGUGAACGCUGGCAUAACCACCUCAACCCUGAGGUGAAGAAGUCUUGCUGGACCGAGGAGGAGGACCGCAUCAUCUGCGAGGCCCACAAGGUGCUAGGCAACCGCUGGGCCGAGAUCGCCAAGAUGUUGCCAGGGAGGCCCCCUGCUGCCCCCUGCAGGACAGACAAUGCUGUGAAGAAUCACUGGAACUCCACCAUUAAAAGGAAGGUGGACACAGGAGGCUUCCUGAGUGAGUCCAAAGACUGCAAGCCCCCGGUGUACUUGCUGCUGGAGCUCGAGGACAAGGACGGCCUCCAGAGUGCCCAGCCCACGGAAGGCCAGGGAAGUCUUCUGACCAACUGGCCCUCUGUCCCUCCUACCAUAAAGGAGGAGGAAAGUAGUGAGGAGGAACCUGCAGCAGCCGCCACUUCAAAGGAGCAGGAGCCCAUCCCUACAGAUCUGGACGCAGUACGAACACCAGAGCCCUUGGAGGAAUUUCCGAAGCGUGAGGACCAGGAAGGCUCCCCGCCGGAAAUAAGUCUGCCCUACAAGUGGGUGGUGGAGGCAGCCAACCUCCUCAUCCCUGCCGUGGGUUCUAGCCUCUCUGAAGCCCUGGACUUGAUCGAGUCGGACCCCGAUGCUUGGUGUGACCUGAGUAAAUUUGACCUCCCUGAGGAGCCAUCUGCAGAGGACAGUAUCAACAACAGCCUAGUGCAGCUGCAAGCGUCACAGCAGCAGCAGGUCCUGCCACCCCGCCAGCCUGCUGCCCCAGUGCCCAGCGUGACCGAGUACCGCCUGGAUGGCCACACCAUCUCAGACCUGAGCCGGAGCAGCCGGGGGGAGCUGAUCCCCAUUUCCCCCAGCACUGAAGUUGGGGGCUCUGGCGUUGGCACGCCGCCCUCAGUGCUCAAGCGGCAGAGGAAGAGGCGUGUGGCACUGUCCCCUGUCACUGAGAAUAGCACCAGUCUGUCCUUCCUGGAUUCCUGUAACAGCCUCACGCCCAAGAGCACACCUGUUAAGACCCUGCCCUUCUCGCCCUCCCAGUUUCUGAACUUCUGGAACAAACAGGACACAUUGGAGCUGGAGAGCCCCUCGCUGACAUCCACCCCAGUGUGUAGCCAGAAGGUGGUGGUCACCACACCACUGCACCGGGACAAGACACCCCUGCACCAGAAACAUGCUGCGUUUGUAACCCCAGAUCAGAAGUACUCCAUGGACAACACUCCCCACACACCAACCCCGUUCAAGAAUGCCCUGGAGAAGUACGGACCCCUGAAGCCCCUGCCGCAGACCCCGCACUUGGAGGAGGACUUGAAGGAGGUGCUGCGCUCUGAGGCUGGCAUCGAACUCAUCAUCGAGGAUGACGUCAGGCCUGAGAAGCAGAAGAGGAAGCCCGGGCUGCGGCGAAGCCCCAUCAAGAAAGUCCGGAAGUCUCUGGCUCUUGACAUUGUGGAUGAGGAUGUGAAGCUGAUGAUGUCCACACUGCCUAAGUCUGUCUCCUUGCCGACAACUGCCCCUUCAAACUCCUCCAGCCUUACCCUGUCAGGUAUCAAAGAAGACAACAGCCUGCUCAACCAGGGCUUCUUGCAGGCCAAGCCAGAGAAGGCAGCAGUGGCCCAGAAGCCCCGAAGCCACUUCCCAACACCUGCCCCUAUGUCCAGUGCCUGGAAGAUGGUGGCCUGCGGGGGGACCAGGGACCAGCUCUUCAUGCAGGAGAAAGCCCGGCAGCUCCUGGGCCGCCUGAAGCCCAGUCACACAUCUCGGACCCUCAUCUUGUCCUGAGGUGCUAGGGGUGUCACGAGCCGAUUCUCAUGUUUACAGGGGUUGAGGAGGGCGGAGGGGGUCUGUGAAUCUGAGAGUCAUUCAGGUGACCUCCUGCAGGGAGCCUUCUGCCACCAGCCCCUCCCCAGACUCUCAGGUGGAGGCAGCAGGGCCAUGCGCUGCCCUGUCGCUGAGCCCAGCUGUGGGCGGCUCCUGGUGCUAACAACAAAGUCCCACUCCCAGGUCUGCCUGGUUUCCUCCCCAAGGCCACAGGGAGCCCAGUCAGCUUCUCUGAAGCCCAGGUCAGGCCUGGCCUCAUCUCAGACCCUGCUUAGGAUGGGGGAUGUGGCCAAGGGUGCUCCUGUGCUCACCCUCUCCUGGUGCAUUUUUUUGGAAGAAUAAAAUUGCCUUUCUCUUUG